AUGGCUGAAACUGCUGGCUUUUUCGGAUUUGACACGUCGAUUCCCAACAACGACACUGGCGCUUGGGAUGAAGACGAGGCUAGUCGCUCGAGUAAUGCGAAAAACGAUGAAACAUUUGGACCUGAUGCGGGCGCCUGGCCGAAACUGGGCGAAGUUGGCGGCUCUCGGCAUUUAGUUUCGAAGCUGGAGAGUAUGACGGUUUCGAACGGUGGUGCUGGAGGUUUUCCCGAUGAUCCGGCGAUCAUGAGUCUUCAAGAGAAGCCGCUUGUGUCAAUGCCUGAUAGAAGUGCACAGCUGCAGAAUAUGGAGAAGAUUUGGGGUCAGCCGCAGCAGCCUCCUUCGAACCCUCUCCAAAACAUGGAGAAAAUCUGGAACCAAGCUCCUCCUCCACAGCACAACGCUGCCCCCGGUGGAAUCGCCCCUCCACCUGGCUUUGGCCCUCCACCAGGAUUCGCGCCGAGACAGGAGCCAGUAGCACCACCAAUGCCCGGAAACAUUGGGACCGCCGACUCGAUUGUUGGAAAUCUUGUUCAACAGGCUGGACCGGGAAAUAUUGGCCCUCCAGGAGCUCCGAUGCAAAGAGGGCUCAACGUCGAAGAAUUGGAAAGACAGCAUUUUGCAGAAGGGCUUGAUGCGCUUUCUCGACGAGGGACGAUGGUUGGGAAAGAUUCACGAGAAUUCGAAGCUGCGCAGGUUGUAGCACAGGAAAUUCGGCAACCACCACAAGGUACCAUCGGCCAACUCCAUCCUGAGCAUCGGCGAGCACUGGAGCGCAAUAAAAAUAGGAACGACAAUCGUAACAACCGUCAUAAUCAACAACGCCGACGAGACCCUUAUGCGAAUCUGAUGAGUCGUCGAGAGCGAGAAUGGAUCACUUCUAUGCAGCUGAGAGCUCUUGAAAUCAAGAAUCCGGAGAUCGAGGACUAUUACUACGUAAAUUACAUGAAGAGACUGAUGCAAAAAGGCAAUGCAAAGAACCAACGCGAGCUCGUAACUCCUGCUCCGAAAGAAAACAACAGGAAUCGAAAACGCAACGAUUCGGAAAAAGAGUCAAAGAAAGAAGGUGACGAGGACGGAAAGGAAAAAGAAAAGAAAGAGCGCAAGCCUUGGUCAGAAGGCUCUCUUGGAAAACCGGUCUCUAGCUCCGUUCAUAACCCGCGAAAAAUGAUUCAAAUCAUGGUGAAAUCGGCAGAGGAAUCAGUCUCGGAAGAAGGCGGUGAAGGACAAAAUGCAAUUGAGCCACCGAAGCAAACGAAUAAAUUGAAACUUUUGAAGGAAAUCGAAGCUGCUUUCAUGGUCCUUAUGGACCUUGAGCUCAUGGUCCAGGACGAGCUCAGAAACUUUGGCCAAGAAGCAAAGAAAACUCAAGAACUUGUUUCGUUCAUCAAACCCAGCGAGAAAGUGCGCCUCGUCUCUCUUUUGAGCAUUCGCAAAGGAAAACGCCUUGUCCAGAGAACGUUGCCUUAUUUGAACCAAGAAGAUGCCGCUGAGAUUCUUGUCUGCUUCUUCAACAACUUGGCGUUGUUGAUCAAGCGCGAUGCUGAUGAUGAUGUUUUGCAUGAGCUCUACGAUGUCUUGGCCAAUACUAUCAAUACUCUUGACUUAGAAAAGAUUAUUGAAAUGGCGAGCAGAAAGCGACACAACAACCUGAAGCCAAUUGCGUGCCACUCUUUUGGCGCGUCCAUGAUCUGCAAAUUACUCGAUCGCGGCCAAAUCCUUCUCAGUCAAAUGUCCAUCCAGGAAUUUCCGGCCGACUGGCGCCAAGCCUGGCUCGAUCUGGUGAAGACAUUGACGCGGGAGAUCGCGGCAGUUGCCGUCAAGGGAGUGCUCCCGCCGCUGCUCGGUGUUUAUCCUGCUCUCGCCAAGGCACUCGAGCGUUCCGCCUCUCAGAAGCAUUUGAUAGGGCAUCUCAAUGGAACUCAAACCAACGCCAAACCCGCUCCUGUUUUCAACAAUCAGAACUCCUUUGGAUACUAA